AUGUCAAACACUUGCCCUCUUCUAAGCAAUGCCAACUGCACUGUGGGAACAUGUCCCCUUAGCUGCGCUCAAGUUGAAUACCUUCCAACACUUGCUGGCAAUGCCCUUUAUGCCGCCAUCUUUGGUCUGCUGCUUGUUGCCCAGAUCGCGCUUGGCAUUCGAUAUAAGACUUGGGGGUUCAUGGUCGGCAUGGUCUGCGGCCUCAUUCUUGAGGUUGUCGGUUACGCAGGCAGAAUCAUGCUUCACGAUAACCCGUUCGAUUUCAACAAUUUUAUUAUGCAAGCUUUCCCUUCUCUUGACCCUACGAAAAGCCUUGCUGACAGCCUCUAUAGUUAUCUAGUCCCUCUGACAAUCGCUCCCGCUUUCCUCGCUGGCGCCCUCUACCUCUGCCUCUCCCGCAUCAUCAUCGUCCACGGCCAGCAGAUUUCACGCUUCAGCCCGCGCACCUACGCAAUAACAUUUAUGACUAGCGACUUCAUUUCGCUCGUUCUACAAGGUGCUGGUGGUGGAAUUGCAGCCACGGCUGACGAUCACUCUGGGAGUGAGACAGGCAGGGCCAUCAUGGUCGCGGGAGUUGUGUUUCAGGUCGUCUCGCUGCUCACCUUCAUGCUACUGUGGCUUGAAUUCGUGAUCCGGCUCCGCAAGACAGGCGAGGACGUUAAGGAUGCACGCUUCAUUGAAUUGAGGCAUACAAAAAAGUUUGUCUGGUUCCAAUACGCGCUGGGCGUGGCUGUUGUCCUCGUUUUCAUCCGCUCGGUAUAUCGUGUUGCGGAACUCCAGCAAGGCUUUGACGGACCCAUUGCGAACGACGAAGUGUCAUUUAUGAUCCUGGAGGGGCCGAUGAUCAUCCUGGCAGUUCUUGCAAUGACGAUUUUGAGCCCGGGUAUAGCCUUUGGUGGCAAGUGGAACAGUGCAACUUGGUCGGUCAAGAAGUCCAGAGAUGCUGCUUUUACCGCGAGCGGCUCGUCUAUGGAAGACAUACAGAAGCAUCCCGCUUGA